GCAGCGCACCAGAGUGGGUUGCUGCUUUGUGUUGGAGCGCAAAGUCCCGGUUGCCGCUGUGGUGUCAAGUGAGGGCUCAGCGAAUUUCAUGGCUGGAUUGUUAUGAAAUAAAUCCACAUUGUGACAAGAGGCACCCGAACUGUGAUGGUAAAGUGACUAAACCUCAAGCGUGCAGAGUCCGGCAUGUCCGAAAGCACGACUACGGAACACCGCAGCUUUGAGCCUUCAUCACUGACGACGGACCAGAUGGUACCGUAAAAAUGAGUCGCGCUCUCUCCAUCCUCGCUUAUCUUCUGCCUUUGAUUCACUGUAGCAGCAGCGCUGACUCAGAAGAGCGGCUCAUGAACUGGCUGCUGGGUAAAGACCGCUACAAUCCACUCAUUCGCCCAGCUGUCAACAGGACAGAGAGAGUCACAGUAAAGCUGCAAGUGUCUCUGGCACAGCUCAUCAGUGUGAAUGAAAGGGAACAGAUCAUGACCACAAAUGUUUGGCUCACUCAGCACUGGGUGGACUACAGGUUGUCAUGGGACCCCGAAAAGUACGAAGGUAUUGUCAAACUGCGCAUUCCCUCCAGACAUGUGUGGCUACCAGAUAUUGUCCUAUACAACAAUGCUGAUGGAACCUAUGAGGUAACAGUGUUCACCAACGUCAUCGUCCUUUUCAAUGGCAGCAUCAACUGGCUUCCUCCAGCCAUCUAUAAGAGCGCCUGUAAAAUCGAGGUCAAGCAUUUUCCCUUUGACCAGCAGAACUGCACUCUCAAGUUCAGAUCUUGGACAUAUGACCAUACAGAGAUUGACCUGAUUUUAAAGUCCGAGACGGCUAGUAUGGAUGAUUUUACUCCUAGUGGAGAGUGGGAUAUCUUGGCUCUGCCAGGGAGACGGACUGUCAACCCUCUGGAUCCCACCUAUGUGGACCUGACAUACGACUUUAUCAUUAAGAGGAAACCCCUUUUUUAUACCAUAAACCUCAUCAUUCCAUGUGUUUUGAUCACCUCUCUGGCCAUUUUGGUCUUCUACUUGCCUUCAGACUGUGGAGAGAAGAUGACCCUCUGCAUUUCUGUCCUUCUGGCCCUCACCGUGUUCCUGCUUUUAAUCUCAAAAAUUGUUCCUCCAACCUCACUGGAUGUGCCCCUGAUUGGGAAGUACCUGAUGUUCACCAUGGUGUUGGUGACCUUCUCCAUCAUCACCAGUGUGUGCGUGCUCAACGUGCACCACCGCUCUCCUAGCACCCAUAACAUGCCUUCCUGGGUCAAGCUUAUAUUUCUUGAGAAAUUGCCUGCCUUACUCUUCAUGAGGCGCCCUCACAACAAGUCUGCACGCCAAAGACUGCGCCAGCAUCGGUGCUUAAGGGCCAGGAGAGCCAUUUUGGGUUUGGGAUACCCAGUCUCAUCCAAAACAGAUAUCAAUAUGUCAGCUUCUGCCCUGCUGUCUUCAGACUCUGCCUUCUCUACACCAGGACACAAAAAUAUAACUCCUCCAGUGGGAUACAGCCAGUCCUACAGGAAAGGAGACCUACGCUCCACCGAUUACCUUCCCAGUAGUUUCACAGCCACCCAGGACUUCCAACACAGAGACAACUCAGACUGGGAUGCUGAUAUCCAGGAGGCAGUGAAUGGGGUGUGCUUUGUGGCUGACCACAUGAUGGGAGAUGAUGAUGAUCAGAGUGUUAUAGAGGACUGGAAGUAUGUGGCCAUGGUAGUGGAUCGGAUGUUUCUGUGGAUCUUUGUGAUUGUGUGUGUGGUGGGCACCCUGGGCCUGUUUCUCCAGCCUCUUUUCCAGAGUCACAUUAUUCCCAACCAGGUCCCCAGCUCGGACAUUCCUCGCAUAUGACACUCAAAGAGGAAGACAGUGCUACUUCAGGGUUUUCAUAAGUGACUGUGGUAUUAGGAAAAUAUUAUGGAUAAGUUUUGUCUUCUUAGUUUUUGCUUAGCACAGUGUUGGCAGGAAACAGAAGCACUGAAACGAUGUCUUCUGUGCCAAAUCCUACCCAAAGGGCACGAGAGAGGGAUAAACAGUCAGAAAAAGUACAUGUAAACAUUAAUUGUGUAUAUAAUGUUUGUGUAUGGUACAAAAUGAAUAAAAUGCACUUAUUGUCACAUAAUAUUCAAAACAACAUGCCCUAAAGCAAUAAAGAACCCAAUACUUUAAGGAAUUGGUACAUUUGCAAAGGUCUGAAUGUAGCAUCAUUACACUGAGGUCGUUUUUCUUAGAUUGGUAUUUCCAUAAACAGGACUGAGUGUAGCCUUCACUGCACUUAAGUAUCCUGAAC